AUGGCUGCGCCGCAAAGCGCUACGUUGCACAAUUUAAACGGUCGAUGGCGUAUGAACGCCUCUUUGUCUGAUCCCUAUGAUGAAAUGCUCAAAGCCCAAAACGUCGGCUGGCUGUGGCGCAAGGUUCUCGUAAAAUCCGGCGCAGAGCUCUGGAUCACGCACACCACGGACAACGGCGUCGAUCACCUUGUAAUCCACGGAAAGUCGACCAACGGGCUCCCCGACAGCACCGAAGACCGCAUCGUCAACGGGACCUGGAAGGAGCUCAACUUUCCCAUCUUUGGCAAGAUUCGCGGCAGCACUCGCUGGGUCAAGAAGGGCGACCUGUCGUCGGCGUGGCUGGCCGAGGACAUGCUGCUGGACGAGGCCGGCGUCAUUCUCAUGGAGACGAUCCAGAUUGAGACUGACACGGUGACGAAACAGGCCAACGGGUUCAAAAUGGUCAAGGGAGAGAGACGGUACGUUCGCCACGUCGAAGUGACCAAAAAGGGCAGCAACAAGCCCAUACACGUCACGCUGGUGUAUGAUUAUUUGGGUCCUUUGGAGAAGUCGCCCUAG